CAGGUGAGCGUGUGGGACGGCAUCGUCAUGGGCGGCGGCGUCGGCCUGAGCGUCCACGGCCGCUUCCGCGUCGCGACGGAGAAAGCGCUUCUGGCGAUGCCCGAGUGCGCCAUCGGCCUCUUCCCGGACGUCGGCGUCUGCCACGCGCUCGCGCGCAUGCCCGGCGGGUCCGGCGCCUACGCGGCGCUCACGGGCGCGCGCCUCGGCGCCGCGGAUCUGCUCUUUUCGGGCUUAGCGACGCACUACGUGCCCUCGGAGCGGCUCGCCGAGGCCGCGGCCGCCGUCGCCGCCGUCGAC